AACGACCGCAGACGACCUCCCGGCAGCCGAUACGGGCGCCCGCUGACAGCAGCGCCAACCCUCGUCCACGGGCGUCGCCCCAGCAGGCGUCUGUGAUGACCAUGGCAAGCUCUGGCAGCGGUGCCGGGGACGCUGGCGGGGGCAGGAAGGGAGGCUCCCGCGCCCCGCAGCCGCCCGAGGAGGAGCCUCUCCAACCCCGACGACCGCCUCGCCCGCCGUCUCGUGCGCGGGCAACGUGUCGGGUCUUCCGCGGGCCAACGACAACUACGAGGAAGUCAGCAUCAUCGGCAACGGCGCGUACGGCACCGUGUACUGCGCGCGGGACCGGAACAACCCGGACCGCGUCGUGGCUCUCAAGAAAAUCCGAAUCACCCUCAACGAAGACGGGGUUCCCGGGAACGCCGUCAGGGAGAUCGCGCUCCUGAAGCAGCUCGAGCGGUUCGAACAUCCGAAUAUUGUCAG